AGCGGAGCCACUUCUGAGGAAGGAAUCCCACGGAUGACCCACCCUGGCCCACUGAGCUGCAUAAUCCUGUUGGAGGCUCAAAGGUUAAACUACAAAGCUGGGUUUAGGGUAGUUGCUGGCCCUUCAACACUUUCUUUGUAUUAAGAAUUUUCAGUGACCUCCAUUCAGGCAGUGCUCGGAUUCUGGGUGGGUAUGUGGCCCGGGCAGGGUCUCCCCUCAAGGAAGAAGCCGGCAGGAAGCUCCAGUUGGCGGAGUCGGGUAGGAACGAAGCCGGGUCUGGCUUCCCCGCCAGCCUGUGUGCGCUCUGCGGGCGCAGCCCAGCUAAAGCUCAUUGGCUCAAUAGAGAUUAAAUGACAGGUUCCCAGCCAAUGGGAGUUAAGGCCCGCCGAGGUACGUGCGUAGUACGGCUGCUUCCGGUUGGGCUGCAGUUCGGCCAGUGUGAGGUGGUGAGAUUGAGGGUGCUGGGAUGCUCGGGUCUGCAAGGUCACUACUGGCCAACCCUUUAUGGGCUCUUUAGGCGUGUCCCCCAAGUGCUUCUAAUCCGGGCCCCGCGCCUCCCGCUUUGUGCGGGGGGCGGGACCGUCUGGUUCACCUCUGUCCAGGACCCACACCCACUUGAGGUUUCGUCGUCCUCGCACCGAGGCCGGAGUAGCCCAGCGUAGGCCACGGGAUAGGCUCCACGGAGCAUGGACUGAACAGGUCGCAGCAGACACAGUUGAUACCGAGAUAAGACAGCUGCACUGUCCGGUCGGGCUGUCUGCAAGGAUUUUCUCGAGUUCUGGUCCCGCCUUCCACCACCCAGCAGAGGGCGCUCUCAGGGCAUGGCGGAGGAGCGCCCAGGAGGCUGGUACGGCUUCGGUUUCUGCGGCUUCGGCCAGGCGCUGGGCUCGGGCCGCACGCGCCAGGUCCACAGCCCCGAGCCGCUGCGCGCGCCGGAACUGGACGCCGACACGUGCCGCGUGAGCGCGAGCUGGAGCUACACCGCCUUCCUGAGCCGUGCCGGCCAGGUGCAGCUGUCGGGCUCCACGGGCGGCGCCGCCGCGAGCGGCUUCCGGGACGUGUGGGCUUCGGAGACCCUCCUCGUAGUGCUGCGCGACGGUCGGGGACCUGGGCCCGGGGCCGAGCUGCAGGCCUGGGCGCCCAGCUCGGCGCUACGCGGGGAGCCCCUCUGGGCCCAGACCGUGGUGCUGGAGGCCGAGCGGGAAGACGGACCGGGCGGGGAGACCCCGAGCCAGACGCCUGCCCAGUCCAGCUUCAGACAGUCCUGA